AUGGCGUCCAUCGCCGCAUCCCUGCAGUCUUCGCUGCCGAAACCGAAAUACACGGGCGAAGAUGAAGAAAUCCCCUCCCACGCCAAGCCGCGCGGCCCUCGGAUCGUGGGCGCGGGCCAGAUUGACGAGACACAAAUUGUGCUGAAGCGCGCCGGCCCGCCGCCGUAUGGCCAGCGAGUCGGGUGGCGGCCCCGGUCGCAGGAGGACUUUGGCGACGGCGGCGCGUUUCCCGAGGUGCCGGUCGCGCAGUAUCCGCUGGACAUGGGCAAGAAGGGGUCAACGGCGAGCAACGCGCUGGCGAUCCAGGUGGACGCCGAGGGCAAGGUCAAGUACGACGCCAUUGCGCGGCAGGGGCACGGCGACGGCCGCAUCAUUCACACGUCGUUCAAGGACCUGAUCCCGCUGCGGCAGCGCGCAGACGCGGGCGAGAUUGACCUGGCGCGGCCGGACAAGGAGACGGUGGCGGCGACGGCUGAGCGGACGCGAGACGCGCUGGCCAAGCUGGUGAGCGGCGCGCUGGCGGCGCAGAAGCCCAAGAAUGUCAAUGUCGGGCAGCGCGCGGAACCGACGUUUGUGCGAUACACGCCAGCGGACCAGAUGGGCGACAACUCGAAGAAGCAGGACCGCAUCAUGAAGAUUGUUGAGAAGCAGCGCGAUCCGCUGGAGCCGCCCAAGUUUAAACACAAGAAGAUCCCGCGAGGCCCCCCUUCGCCGCCGCCGCCCGUGAUGCACUCGCCCCCGAGAAAGCUCACGGCAGAGGACCAGGAGAUGUGGAGGAUCCCUCCGCCGGUGUCCAACUGGAAGAAUCCCAAGGGCUACACAGUACCAUUGGACAAGCGUCUGGCUGCGGACGGCCGAGGACUACAAGAUAUUACAAUUAACGACAAGCACGCUCAAUUCGCGGAAGCCGUCAAAAUGGCGGAGCGCCAUGCACGCGAAGAGGUACAGCAGCGUGCUCUCAUGCAGCAACGUCUGGCGGAGAAGGAGAAGAUGCAGAAGGAGGACAAUCUGCGCGCCCUAGCCCAAAAAGCACGCGAGGAGCGCAACGCGGCCAACACCAGCCGCGGCCGCCGCAACUCGCGUGACUCGGCCGACUCGCGCGAUAGUCGGGACUCACGGUCGCGCUCCUCGGGCUACGACUCGCGACGCUCCUCCCGUAGCCGCUCCGGCAGCGAGUCGGACGGCGAGCGGGCGCGCACCAAGGCCCGCGCGGAGCGGCGCAAGGAAAAUGAGCGCAAGCUGCGGCAGAGCCACAUGGGUGCGGAGCGCCAGAUGCAGGCCAUGGCUCGGGAGCAGAACCGCGACCUUUCGGAGAAGAUUCAGCUGGGUCUCGCCAAGCCGACACAGUCCAAGGAGACCAUGUACGACUCGCGGCUGUUUAACCAGUCGAGCGGGUUCGACAGCGGGUUCAACGAGGACAACCACUACGACAAGCCGCUCUUUGCGGCACAGGAUGCCAUUAGCAGCAUCUACCGGCCGCGCGCCAACAUGGACGACGACGAGGACGCGGAUACGGGCGACCGGGAAAUGGCCAAGAUUCAGCGGACGGGCCGCUUCGGGGACGCGCUCGGCAAGGGCACGUUCAAGGGCGCGGCCGAGGUGGAGGCGCGCGAGGGCCCGGUGCAGUUCGAAAAGGAGGCGGCGGAUCCGUUUAAUGUGGACAAGUUUCUGUCUGAAGUGGACAAGAAGGAGAGUGGAGGCGGUGGUGAGGGCGGCAGCAGUGGGAAGAGGGGAUACGGACUGCAGGAGGACGAGGAUAGAGGCAAGAAGCGGGCGCGCGUGGAGGACGAUGAUUAG